GCAGAAAUAAUUAUAUGCAAUGCAUUUGAUGUCUCUCCUGCCUUUAAAUUCCUGACAGCGAUCUCUGUUCCUCCACUCCAUAGCCCCACUCCUUCCUCCUCUCUGCCCCUCGGCGAUCUCUGUAGGAGAGAUGGUUUCUUGUUUCGUUUCUCCGGUGCUAUGGCUGUGUUUGCUGGGCCUGGCCUCUGACAGCGCCAUGGCUGCAGCACCCAGGAAACCCAUAGAUGUGCCGUUCCAGAGGAACUAUGCGCCCACAUGGGCUUAUGAUCACAUCAAGUACAUUAAUGGUGGCAACGAGGUCCAGCUCUCUUUGGACAAAUAUACCGGCACUGGGUUCCAGUCCAAGGGCUCUUACUUGUUUGGCCACUUCAGCAUGCAGAUAAAAUUGGUCCCUGGCGAUUCCGCUGGAACGGUGACUGCAUUCUAUCUGUCGUCUCAGAACUCGGAGCAUGAUGAGAUAGACUUCGAGUUCCUGGGCAACAGGACCAACCAGCCCUAUAUAGUGCAGACCAAUGUCUUUACCGGGGGGGAGGGAGACAGGGAGCAGAGGAUCUACCUUUGGUUUGACCCGACCAAAGAUUACCAUUCCUACUCUGUUCUUUGGAACAUGUACCAGAUCGUUUUCUUUGUAGAUGACGUCCCCAUCCGGGUGUUCAAGAACUGCGAGGACCUGGGGGUGAGGUUCCCGUUCAACCAGCCCAUGAAGAUCUACUCCAGCCUGUGGAACGCCGACGACUGGGCGACGAGGGGCGGCCUCGAGAAGACCGACUGGUCCAAGGCCCCCUUCAUCGCCUCCUACCGCAGCUUCCACGUCGACGGCUGCGAGGCGUCGGUGGAGGCCAAGUUCUGCGCCACCCAGGGGCAGCGCUGGUGGGACCAGAAGGAGUUCCGGGACCUGGACAGCCUGCAGUACAGGAGCCUCAGCUGGGUCCGCCGCGAGUACACCAUCUACAACUACUGCACCGACCGGUCCCGCUCCCCGGUCAUGCCACCUGAGUGCAGUAGGGAUAGAGAUGUGUGAUAUUGUGAUCAGGCGACUCACUCCUCCCUUCUACCAAUCGCAUGCUUUGAUCUCUCCCAUCUCAUGAGCUCCAGGUUCGGCGGCCUCUCUUCUGAGUCCCUCGUCGUCAUUGCUGCUACAACCCGUAAUAUUAUUGUAUUGGUGGUCGAGAUAUACGAGAUAUACGAUGCCUUUACCUUUCCAUGAAUGAUGUUAUCGGUGUUUCUCUUUAUAUCUGUUUUCUGUAUUUAUUAAUGCAAUAAGGGGAAGGGUUCCUUCCUCCCAACUCCAUCAGAAAACAAAAAAGAGUUUAUUUCGUG